GUCAAUAGUCAGGAACUACCAGCACAUCCUGGCGUUGGUGUUUGCCACCACAGAGGUCAGCAAGGAUCCCAUGCUCCUUCCCAACACGACGCUCGGCUUCCGCAUCUAUCAGCACAUGGACCUGGCUGUACUAAUGCAUGAGAACAACCUGAGCCUGCUGUCAACACGGAAGAGAAUGAUUCCCAAUUAUAAAUGUGACAAGCAGGAUCAACUAAUCUCUGUCAUAAAGGAUUUUGACACUAUAGCUUCAUCAGACAUUGCAUCCUUAUUGGGCAUCUUCAAGAAUCCAGAGAUACUUGAGCCCCUAAGGAAUAUCCGGUUUAACAACACUGCUGGGGAGGAAGUUUCUUUCACAGAGAAAGAAAGGAGAUAUGACAUUUUGAACUGGAGCGUGUCUCCAAAUGGAACUUUGGAUGCUGUGAAAGUGGGAUGGGUUGAUCAUGGUGCUCCUCCAGGCAAAGACUUCUCCAUCCACUCUGCAGCAAUCGUGUGGGCAAUGAAGGCCACACAGGAGAUGCUGAGGACAUGUCUCAAGACCAGUCUUAUUGGACCGAAGGACUAUUUCAGACCAGGAGAUCUCCUUGUUGGUGGGAAUUUGCCUCUUGGCUGCUAUUCUUAUACAAAGACAAGUGAUUUUCGUGGGUUAGCCCCACUUCAGCUCUCAGCUAUUCCAGCGACAAUCGUUAAGAACUACCAGCACUUCCUGGCAUUUGUGUUUGCAGUCACUGAGAUCAACAAGGAUCCAAAUCUCCUUCCAAAUGCAACACUGGGAUUCCGAAUCUAUCAGCACAAGGACCUCACUAUUCUGAUGCAUUUGAACAAUCUCUCUCUUCUUUCCACACGGGGGAGAGCAUUUCCCAAUUAUAAGUGUGACAGGCACAACAGACUGGUCUCCAUCAUUGGGGGUCUGGACUUCAAAUCCUCAAGGGAGAUCGCAUCCUUAACGGGCAUCUACAAGGUCCCACAGCUUGGAUACAGCUUUCUCCACCUGCUUCAUGGAGAAAAGAGGGUGUUUCCUUCCUUCUUCCAGAUUGAUCCCCAUGAAAGUGCUCAGUAUGUGGGCUUGGUCCAGCUACUCUUGCAUUUCCACUGGAACUGGAUUGGUCUGGUAGUUCAUGGUGAUGACAGUGGGGAAAUGUUUACCCAGACACUGACAGCAAAGCUCAAGGAGAAGGACAUCUGUGUGGCCUUUACUGAUAUGUUCAAAACAAUGGACCCAGUCCAUGUGCGCCGUGUACAGGCUGGAUCAAUUCCUCAGUCUUGGUUUGAACCUCAAGUCAUAAUUUUCUAUGGAGACUCCAAUGUAGUACAGCAAUUAAUAGUUUUAUUGUCUGUUCAUCAAAAAAAGACAAAGACCAUGUUUCAGAAGGUUUGGAUCAUGAUGUCCCAGUGGGAAGUUUCUUCAAAAGGAUCUUCCUUAAGUGGACAAUAUGUUAAAAACAUCCAUGGUGCUUUGCACUUCAGAGUCCAAAGGAAGGAUGUGCCAGAAUUCAAGUCCUUUCUGCAGGCUUUAAACCCACUGCGACCUCAAGGAGACAUCUUUCUCCGUGAUUGGUGGGAACUUGCAUUUGGCUGCCAGUUCCUGAAUUCAGGAAAGCCUUUUAAAUGGGGAAAGAUAAGAUGUACUGGGAAGGAGAAGCUAGAGAGCCUGCCGUACCACAGGUUUGAAAUGAGCAUGACCAGUCACAGUUACAACAUCUACAAUGGCAUUUAUUCUAUGGCACAUGCUCUGCAUGUCAUGUCUUUACUCAGAUCCAAGCAUAUUCUUGCCUCUUUGAAGGAUGUCCGUUUCAACAACAGUGCUGGAGAUGAAGUCUCUUUCACUGAAUAUGGCAAAAGAUAUGAAGUUCUAAACUGGAUCUUCUUCUCAAACGAAUCUUUUUACCCUGUCAAAGUUGGACAAGUGAAUCUGGGAGCUCCCCCAGGCCAGGAGCUGACAAUUCAUUCUGAUGCAAUCACUUGGGCUUCAGAGAUGAAACCUUUUGCAAGGUGUGUGGAGAGCUGCUCUCCAGGACACCAGAGAAAAGUUCCAGAGGGAAAACCAGUUUGCUGCUUCAGAUGUGAUCUCUGUCCAGAAGGGACAAUUUCUAAUAAGACAGAUGCAGAUCGCUGUGAUGCAUGUCCAGAAGAUCAACACCCAGACAACAACCAGGCACACUGCAUCCCCAAGAAGGCCCACUUCCUUUGCUAUCAAGAGACAUUGGGAAUUGUUCUAGUAUCUCUGGCUCUUUUCUGCUCUCUGGUCACAUGCAUUGUGUUGGCAGCCUUCAUUAAAUACCGUGAUACACCCAUCAUCAAAGCCAACAACCGCGAUCUCUCCUAUGUCCUCCUCAUCUCUCUUCUCCUCUGCUUCCUCUGCUCCUUCCUCUUCAUUGGGCAACCCUCUAAGGUCACCUGUCUUCUGCAGCAAACUGCUUUCAGUAUCACUUUCUCUGUUGCUGUUUCUUCUGUGCUGGCCAAAACUGUCAUGGUGGUUCUGGCCUUCAUUGCCACCAAGCCAGGAAACAUGGCAAGAAAAUUCUUGAGCAGACAGGUGACAAACUCCAUUGUGCUGGCCUGUCCCCUCCUCCAGGGUAUUAUUUGUGCUGUGUGGUUUCUGACCUCUCCACCUUUUCCAGACUUGGACUUCCAUUCCCUGGCUGGAAAGACAAUUGUCGAAUGCAACAAAGGCUCUGUCACCAUGUUUUAUGCUGUCCUGGCUUACAUGGGCUUCCUGGCUUUUCUCAGCUUCAGCGUUGCCUUCCUGGCCAGGAAACUGCCGGACAGCUUCAAUGAAGCCAAGUUCAUCACCUUCAGCAUGCUGGUCUUCUGCAGUGUGUGGGUCUCCUUUGUGCCCACCUACCUGAGCACCAAGGGGAAGUAUGCGGUGGCUGUGGAGAUCUUCUCCAUCUUGGCAUCUGGCGCUGGUCUCCUGGGAUGCAUCUUUCUCCCCAAAUGCUACAUUAUUGUUUUGAAGCCUAACCUCAAUUGCAGAGAUCAUCUCAUCAGGAAGAAAUAA